UUAUCUCAUUUUGCCCUAAUUACCUACAUUUUCCCUCCAUUUUCCAAUCUUUCCUACCAAAUCCCCAAACCAGUUGCAGAAAUCAGAAGGAAUGGAAGAAGACAGACAAGAGCGUCAAAAGGAAACGCAAAAGAGCUCAAUUGUAAUCGAAAUUCCAUCAUAUAAAGAUGUUCUUGAAAAUAAUCAACCAAAAUCAACCGCACCUUCUCUCUUCACUCCUUCACAAACCUUCUCUCAAGCCUUCUCUUCUAUCAAGAAAUCAGAAUUCUACUCUCCUCCUCCUUCAAAUUCUCACUCUCUCUCCUCCUCAAAUGCUUCUUCUUCUUCCAGGCAAAUUGAGGGUUCGACAACUCCUAUUCAGAAGAGUAAUGCGAUCCUUGUGAGUCACAGGCAGAAAGGCAAUCCUCUGCUCAAGCACAUCAGAAAUGUAAGAUGGAAUUUUGCAGAAGUUGUUCCUGACUACGUUUUGGGGCAGAAUUCUUGUGCACUUUAUCUAAGUCUCCGUUAUCACCUGCUUCAUCCAGACUAUCUAUAUUAUCGCAUAAGGGAACUGCAGAAGAACUUCAGACUUCGUGUGGUAUUAUGCCAUGUUGAUGUGGAUGAUGUAGUCAAGCCUUUACUUGAAGUCACAAAGACCUGUCUGCUUCAUGAUUGCACUCUGCUGUGCGGUUGGAGCGUGGAGGAGUGUGGUCGAUACCUUGAAACAGUUAAAGUCUAUGAGAAUAAACCAGCAGAUAUUAUUCAAGGACAUAUGGACUCGGAUUAUUUAUCAAGGCUCAAUCAUGCCCUGACUGGAGUUCGACAUGUUAACAAAACGGAUGUGGUCACGCUUGGUUCUACAUUUGGGUCUCUUUCUCAUAUCAUGGAUGCUUCUAUGGAAGAUCUAGCUCGUUGUCCUGGCAUCGGGGAGCGGAAGGUAAAACGUUUGUAUGACACCUUUCAUGAACCCUUUAAACGUGUGGUGCCAAGCCGCCCUGUAGCUCCUGAAGCUCCUUUGCAGAAUGAUCCAUGUCAUGGAUCUUUAGAGAGUGAAGUGCCAGCUGCUGAGAAGGAAACAGAAGACACUAGCAAGCGUCAGAAAAAAGACCCAGAAGUGAUCUUAAAAUCAGCAUUGUCUGUAGCUUUUGCAAAAUAUUCAGACAAACUUGGUAAGAAAAAGUCUCAAUCAGAGAAGGAAAUUGGUGAAAGCUCUGACAUACGAAAAGAAUUGGAAGCUGAUUCACAAAUUUAAAUUUUGAAUCUUUUUGCACCGGAAGUUUUCCUCAGUGAGCCUUGGCAUGAAUUGCCGAAGUUCCACAAGAAGUUUUUACCAUGACAAAAUUUUACUUCCGAGUGCUUAAUCAUUUGGUGCUUCGGGUUUUUCAGCAGGUUUUUCGUUUCUGGACUGAUCUAAUAGUAUUUACUCAUAUUGACUCAUGUACCAAAUCUGAGUUUGUGUUUUAGCUUAGAUUAUGUUAGUUGAUAUAAACAUGAGUUAGGGAAGUAGUGCAUCUGUUCAAUUGUAGAUGUAGACUUAGAUAGUUACAGGAGGAUAUUUUCUUCUGGAAUGAUCAUUUUCACAGGGGACAGAAGCUGCAGGUUGCAUUUAGAGCACAUGACAUGAAAUGGUCCCAACAGUGACUUAGUGAGUUCUUCUUUUACAUUGUUUUUUAUGGCUUGGUUUUCUAACUUUCAACUGGUCUCCAUUCAGACCAUCUAAUUCAUGUACACCAUUUAUUUUACUUGUUUUUCUUUUCCCUGUAACUCUUACUGUAUUUUUGUUUAAUAAUAAUAAUGGUAUUGAUAGUAUCAUACUGUCUAAUAUAAGAAUUGCGA